UCGCACGCAGACCCGUUUGCCGCUUGGGAAGUGCAUCGCUGCCUGCCAUGAAGCGCUUGCUGCUUCUGGUGAUUGGAGUCUUUGCAGUUUUGUGCAGGCCAAGUGCCUUCUUGGCGCCUCGCCAGUUGCGGCUGUUUUGCCGUCACAGUGCAGCUGGCCAUGGCACAGAGCCGCUGCAGUCAGGCAGCCCAGAUAUGACCUGGUUCGGCUUGGGAGCAGUUUUAUUGCUGGUGCCCACGUUCGGUGCGAGACACGUUCGUUCGAGACGCGUGGCUCGAGCUGCCGGACCAGUACUUUUUGGAUCCCCCGGCAGCCGAUCUCCCUUGGUGAAUUGGUACCUCCAUGAGAUUGGUCAGGACUUUGAAAUGGUGGAUGCAGCUCGUGUGGAUCGAUACUCAAUGCAGUAUCCCAGUCCGUUUGGAAAGAUCCCUGCAUUGGCGGAUGGAGAUUUGCAGGUCUUUGAGUCCGGUGCCAUUCUGAUGUUCCUUGCUGACAAAUAUGGUGGCUUAGACACUCCAGAGAAGCGCGCUGAGGUGAACAAAUGGAUCGUUUGGGCCAAUGCAACUUUGGAUCCAAUCUGUUUCAAGGAGGAUGGCAAUGGCAGAGUCCUCGACACUGGCUUACGUGGUGAGCCACAAGCCCUGCAAGUUUUAGACAACUUGUUGGACAAAAGUGAGUUCUUGCUUGGCUCUGGAGAGGAAUCCUUCUCUGUGGCAGAUGUGGCAGUCGGUUCAUACCUGCUCUACGUGCCACUUUUCUUCCCAGAUGUUAGCGUAGCAAAAUGGCAUCAUAUUCAGCGUUACAUGCUGCAACUGUUAGAGCGCCCAGCAUACCAACGUGCCUUUGGUGCUGGAACUGCGGAAAAACUCAUGACAAUUGUGAGCAAAAAAGGAGACUCAAAAAUGUUCGGCCUCUUCUGAGAGCCUACCUCAAUCAGUUUUCGUUGCGUUUAGAGAGAUGUGGCGCCUGUUGGCUUCGUUUGCUGAACAUAUGCGCAGCAGAA